AAACCAUCAAAUGUUGUUGCUGAAAAAAAGAUUCAGGGGGCUAUCAAAUCUCUAUAAAUACCUAACUCCAUCAACCCCAAAGACUCCACCAAUAUUUCUCUCUUUGAUUAACUACAAACCAACCAAACCACACUAUAAUGGCCAAAAAUGUUGCUGAAAUAACCAGUUUGGCUUCCCUCGAUCAAAGACUAGCCAUUGCCAAGCGUUGUUCUCAUGAAGGUGUAAUGGCGGGAGCCAAAGCAGCGGUCAUGGCUUCCAUUGCUACCGCAAUUCCUACUUUGGCAAGUGCAAGAAUGAUGCCUUGGGCAAGAGCUAAUCUCAAUCCCACUGCUCAGGCCCUAAUCAUCUCCACAGUGGCUGGAAUGGCGUAUUUUAUUGUGGCUGACAAGACUGUUCUGGCUACAGCACGUCGAAAUUCCUUCAAGGGGGCUUCUCCCCGUGACAACUUUAUUGAACCAUGAUUGCUAUUACUUUUGUUUGAAGCAAUCAAUUAUGUCGUGUAUGUAUAAAUCCACCUUUUACCGCUUUUAAUAUAUAAAAUAAAUUUGCCUUUUCAUCGCAAAA